UAUAUUUAAUUUAAAAUAAAAUAUUUAUUUUAAUUUAAUAAUUUACAACAAUGAAAUCGAGUGGAAAUAUUAAAGCUGAAUCUAAAAUGAAACAAACUUUAGUUGAAAAUAGAGGUGUUACUAAUAAUAUUUGUAUUCAUGAAAUGAUACCUAAAAAUAUAGAUUUUGGAGUAGUGAGCAGACUUCGUGUUGGUAGCCUCUUACGCACGUGGGCUGAUGUUUCCAGAAUUAACUACAUGUCUUUAGAACCACUUGACAUCAUUACGUCUGGUCAGAGCAUCCGACGACGUAGUAUCGGAUUAUCUGGUAAAAAGUACUCUAUCCAUUGCUUUGUACCAUCGGAACUUCGCAACAAGAGCGAGGAAGAUUUAUUUGCAGAACAAUUUCCCGUUAACGUGACGUCCUUAAUGAACGAGGAUCAACUAUGGGGAUUUUUCUACAUAUUUCCAGAGCUGUAUGCCGAUAUAUACUCGCCAAUUAUAUGUGUACGCAAUAUUGAAGAUGUACCAGAAUUAGUCGGAGGAAUUCUUACUAGAGCCAUGGUCACCGCCUGUCUCUCAUACCUGAGCCGCACGCCUAUCUUACAAGACUUCGUAUAUAUCAAAUUGGACCUCUCUACCAAGCAUCUGACCAAUAUCGACGUUUUACAACACUACAAAUAUCUUGUUUAUCUAGAUAUUUCAUCCAAUUUAUUGACAGAAAUAUCUGUUCUGUCAUACCUCCCCUAUCUGCAGUUCCUGUCAGUAGCUUUCAACAGACUGAACACUGUUUUGGAAUACGAUACCCCACAAUGGUUUUUGACUGAAGUGCAUUAUAAUUUUAACUCUGUAAAAAGAAUUAGAGAUUUAAGUGGAUUUUGGUCAAUCACAAUUCUUGACUUGUCGCAUAACAACAUAAAAUAUAUUAGUGGUCUUGAAAAUUUAAGAUACCUUCGGCGUUUAGACCUGUCCUUUAACCAUAUACAGCGACUGGAAAAUUUGAACAACCUGCGUUUACUGUGGCUUGAUGUUUCUUAUAAUAAUAUUUCGAGCUGCGAAAUUGGCCCCCAAAGAGGACUCUGGAGCCUCUUACAUUUAGAAUAUCUCAAUCUUAAUGAGAACAACCUCACGUCAUUGAAAAUAUUUUCGGGAUGCAACAGACUUCGUGAAUUGCAUGCACGAAACAAUCGUUUGAGUAUAUUAUUAGAACUUGCAGUAUAUUUGCGCCAAAUGAGACGACUUAUAGUUAUUGACUUACGCGCCAAUCCCAUGUGCUCAACACCUGGAUACAAGGAAGUUGUAAUUAAUACCUUUCCUCUAUUGCUUAGUUUAGAUGCCGAAGAAGUAGAUCCUAUUACGCAGCGAACAUACAAAAUGGAUAUGACGCCGAAUGUUAACACUUUUGCGACGCGACGUUUAUUACGUUUACUCUACGUGGAACAACUGUCUCGAGCACUUGUGUCACCGUACACUCCACCAGCAGACACGACAGAGGUUCCUAUCGUCGUGCUUGUGGGAUAUGAAGCUGUUGGAAAAGGAAAAUUAGCCCGCCGUUUAGUUAAUAAAUGCAGUAAGAAUGUAGAGAUGUCAUACCAACAUACAACAGCUCCAUUUCAUUUUCCCGGACAUUACAAGGAAGUGUCUCGUUCUAAGUUUGAUGACAUGCUUCUACAUGGUGACUUACUCACGUACGCCGAAAUGGCUGGGGAAUCAUAUGGACUAAGUCGCCAAGAAAGUUUCACAAAGAACUCUAAAGUGAAAAUCGCUACAAUGGAUUUACUUGGAGCUUUGAUGCUGAAGCUGCGGGGUCGAAGACCUUUUCUGAUUCUAGCUACUUGUAGGGAUAAAAUAGAUUUACAAAGAAGACAACAUGAACGCAAAAUACUUCGUGACUUGGCCAACGAGCAACGAAUGUCGGUAGAAACACCACUGGAGAGAUCAACAUUGCAAGUGUUGUUAUCCGGACGUAUUAUAAUUACUGGAAUCCUUAACGAAAUAUUUAUGUCUUUGCCUGAGCAGAAAGAGCAAAGCGAAUUUGUGAUCGAAUCAGAAUGUUCUCUUAUGAUGAACAGCGAAGUUCGACAAGCCGUUCGAGAAUAUAUUCGAGAAGUCAAUUUGCUAACGCUUCUAGCCUCUAGUACAACAUCUCUUGAAGAGGGGUGCAAUCGUGAGCACGAUAAGAACAGCCAGUUGGACCCUAGUCUAUACUCCUUGUAUAAAGAGUCCCAAGGAACUGACGAGUAUUAUUACAGCUAUGUGAAUGGACAAAAUUCUCACCAAGAGCGUAACCAACAGAAAAAAGCCAACGAAAUUCGUCAGUCCCGUACUAAGCAGGAGAAACAAUCCAACAUAUCCCGACCGAAAAGCGUAGAUUUUAGCAGAUAUGCCUCAUCGACGUGGAAAGGUCUUUCGGCGGUCCCAGAUAGCGCUAAAUCCUCUAAAUCUGUUACCUUCACAUCUCAAGAUAACAACGAAACACAGAAUCAAGAACAAGUGGGCCCAUUAGGAAUGCUCAUUGAACCUAAGAAAUCGGAAAAAGAAGUUGAUAAAUCUAAAGUGCCAAGAUCUAUCAGUACAAAGAUACCGUGGCCAACUCGCGGGCAAUCAAAAAUCGGGUCUGGCGGUUCACUUGAUGAUUUAGAUCUUUGGUUGGCUUUUCUGGCUGAGACCGGACUAAUGCAAGCUAGCAGCUCCAAUUAUAAUACAUGGGAUACUACAGCACCAAUUCAUCAGGAUACAAGGAUUGAUGAUCCCAAAAUUCUUAAAGAAUUUGAUUUCUAUAACAAGGAACAGAAUGAAUCAUCGACUAGUACGAUUAGAGACGAUUAUGAAACAGUACAUCAAAAUUGUCCUGGCCUUUUCUGGGACACUGUCCUGAUGGAUGACCCCGAUGAAGCAUUCCAUAAAGUAAAAAAAAUAAUUCAUGACAUAGUGGAUUCACAACCGCAGUUUAAACCAAUGUUCGACAUAGAUUUUGCAAAUCUAAAUUGCUACAACUCUGUUAAAAAAAAAUUGGCCAACAUUAUUAACCAAAUAGCUCCACAAAGCAAAUAAA